GCUCCAGUUGAAUUGUAAGGACACGUAGCAUCUCCAACUUAAAAGAACCAGGCCUGCUUGUCCUCAAGUUUCACAUCUCCAUCCAACUUCCAAAACACCUACCCCAACCUACCUACUGUACCUACCUACUACCUAUAUACCACCACCAUCAUGCCUCACACAUUCUACGACGGAACAAUCCCGGUAGUCCAAUCCCUCCUCCAGACCUUAUCCCACAUCCUACACCAAGCCGAGCAACGCCCCGACGCCAACAAACUGCUCGAGGCCCGUCUCCACGAGGACAUGUACCCACUGACCGACCAAAUCCGCAUCGCGACGCAAUUCUCCGAGAACCUCGUCGCCCGACUGACUGGUCGCGACCCGGUGGCCUUCGGCGGCAGCCCCGCGUCGUUUGCGGAAUCUUACGAGCGUAUUGAGACGGUGCAGAAAGCGCUCCGCGAGGCCGACAAGGACGUCGUCAACCAGCGCAGCGAGAUAGCGGAGACUACGCAGCUGGGCCCCAAGAUCGAGGUGCAGAUGGCCGGUGCUGCAUAUGCUCAUACUGUUGUCUUGCCCAAUAUCUACUUCCAUCUUACCACUGCGUAUGGCAUUUUGCGGAAGGAGGGGGUUCCGCUGGGGAAGGGGGACUACUAUGCUGGGUUCUUUCCUCAGUAAAGGAUGGGCAUCGGGUUAUGGGUUAUUUAUACUAGGAUAUGCGUCAACCAGAUAUUGAUAUUGGGUUGGUUGCUGGUUCAUGUUCAUUCAUGUUCAUGACCAGAACACGUGUCGGCUCGUGUCGGCGACUCGGCGGCCCGUGGCUUGGCGUCGGCAUCCUCCUUUGGUCUGUACAUAAUAAGUAACUCUCUGACGUCGUUCCAUCGC